AUGGCUUCCGACGGCCCGGUUCGAGGGACGCACGCUGUUACGCCGCAUCGCGGGAACCGGAACCAACCUUUGUCAAGCAACAGGCGGGCCCUCCUUGGCUUUCAGGUCUUCUCCUGGAACGUGGCCUGUGUUGGGUCUCUGGUUAUCGUGACGGUGUUCUGGGUGGCCCUCUUCGACAACACCCCGCUGACGUCCACCGACGUAAACGCUCACAUUCUCAUCGCCCCUAUCAUGGCGAUCGACCAGCUCUUGGUGGCGACGAAGUUCGAGCGAAAGCAGAUGUUGGCCUCCUUCUCGUUCUCGAUCGUGUAUGUGGCCUUCAACAUAAUUUUCUUCCUGACCGCCCCCGAGGACGAGAGGGUCAUCUACGGCCAGAUGGACUGGGGGGAGAGCGUCGGCAACUCGGCCGCCUUCGCCGCGGUGGUCGCCUUCGUGCUAGUCCCGCUAGGAGGCUUGAUCCACUACUGCGUGUUCAGGCUUCGAGAGUAUAUCUACGAGACUUGCGGCAGCGGUAGCCGACCAUCUUCUCAUUCUGACAUUGAAAAAGGCGGCGUGGUCACCGCAAUUUUCUCGCGCUGAUGGUCGACGAGAGUAGAUAGAUGAUUGGUUCACUUGAAGGAAAACGCACGAGCUUGCCCCGUGCGGGUUGGAGAGCGAGGUUUUGGACGAUCGAAUCCCAAAACAGGUGCUGACAAAACAUCGUUCGCACCAUCGUCAGAUCGACUGUAAGGGUAGGUAUUAACAUUGUUGAGAAGGGUGUUUUUGGGUGUGACGAAGCGGUUUUGGCUUGGGGGGCGCGUGUUGAACCGUGCGCCAAGGACUUGUUGGAAUUUCCUGGAAAAAUGCAGGGGAAGCCUGAGUGAUGAAUCUCUGCGCAUUGGCAUUCAUUUCACCUUUCACGCUCCCAGCCGGGUGGCGGGGCAUAAAGCAAUAACCGUCGUGUGAUGAAACCGGCGUCUUUGUGCUCUGAAGAGAAACGGUGCAGAGAGAAAACAGCGCGUAUCAGGGUCUGUCUGCCGAAAAUAAAUCAGACUGCGUUCUUUCUAACGUCGAAGACCUGGGUUCGUGGGACCGGCGGGGGUGGGGUGUGGAUUUCCACCCUCGUACCGGUCUGCUCCUCAAUUAGUGUGCUGUAGUAUGGCAUCACCUUGAGCCCUGGAGACCGCCGAGAAUACGGCGGACGCCUCGCAGUUCCGAAGCCUACGUUAUCGUCGAGGGAUUUUGAUUCGAAUGCAGACUGUGUAGCAAGCGAUAAGCCUGGACUAUCUUGGAUGCAUGAUUUCCUGUAUCAGCAGCAGCAAUUGCGGUGCAAUUAUCGAGGGUUUAUGCGGGUGUACUCAGAAUGAGCUGUUGCCUAC